GGUGAUGCUGACCAGAAGAGGGUGCAGAGGAUCAUCUAGCUGCCGCCACUAGAGGCGAGUUGACGUCCCAAACUGAUGCUGCGUGUCUGCUUGUGGUUGGGAUUAAGAACCGCUGCGCCACCGAGACCAGGCUUUCAUCGCACUUUUGUCAAUCCAACCCAAACUGGAAAAGUAGAGGAAAACGCAGAUAGCGCUGUAAAUGUAUCGACAACAGAGAACUCAGUAUGAAGAAGUCAGUCCGGCCUGCGGUGAAUAAGGCGAGUGCUGAUCGAGGGAAGCUUGAGGUUGCAGGUAGCGCUGGCACUGGAAAGCCUGGCGCCAAGAUCAACAGUACUGCACCUCUGUCUAAGGUGAAAAGCAAUGACGAUCUUUUAGCAGCAAUGGCAGGAGGGAAUCCUGCGUCAAGUAGUGCUGUCACCAAAACAAAGAGAACUGCCUCAAUUGGGACCACGACUAGCACCCUCGAUAGCAAGCAGAAAGCAACAUCAGGUACUUCCACGAAGCGCAUGACAUCAUCAACUUCAAAAGAGCCAAAUUCUACACGAGAGCGUCUUCGGACAUCCAGGACGUCAGCUAAUAAGAAGCAGCUUGUCUCAGGGGCGGCAGCAGGCGAUGCAGCCACAGGGAAACGCUCUCGCAGCCAGAUCCUGACGGAGUCUGAGGGCCGUAUGAGCAAGUCCAAAUCAGAUGGCCAGAUUAGUGAUAAGGUGGCCCUGGAGGCCAAAGUCAACGACCUGCUAGGUCUUGCUAAGAGCAAAGAUGUGGAGAUUCUCCACCUCCGCAGUGAAUUGAGAGACAUGAGGGUCCAACUGGGCAUGGAUGGAAAGGACUUGCCACCACAGGAAGAAGCAGAGGAGGGAGAGAAGCCGCAGGUGUCAGCCAUCACAGCAGCUGACGUAGAGUCCACUCUGCUGCUUCUACAAGAGCAGAACCAGGCCAUCAGAGAGGAGCUCAACUUGCUGAAGAGCGAGAACCGCAUGCUCAAGGACCGUCUUAAUGCACUGGGCUUCUCCCUGGAGCAGAGGCUUGAUGGUUCUGACAAGCUAUUCAGCUACUCUUCCCUGAGCCCAGACUUGGCAGCGGGAAGUGGGCAGAGUGAGGGCAUAGCCACACUGACCUCCUCAGUUGAGGGCUCUGCUCCAGGCUCCUUGGAGGAUCUACUCACCGGGCACCAACAUGGUGGCUCAGCAGACAAUCUUGACAGCGAAUCCAGCGAGGUCUAUCAGGCUGUCACCUCCAGUGAUGAUGCUCUGGACGCCCCCUCUGGAGCCUCCUCAUCGUCCGAAUCAGAGUGUGUUCCCAGCAGAGAGCGCUCACGGAGGGGCAGCAGUGGCAAUGCCAGCGAGGUGUCCGUGGCGUGUCUUACAGAGCGCAUCCAUCAGAUGGAGGAGAACCAGCACAGCACCGCUGAGGAGCUGCAGGCCACAUUGCAGGAACUAGCCGAUCUGCAACAAAUCACCCAGGAGCUGAACGGGGAGAACGAGCGGCUCGGUGAGGAGAAAGUCAUUCUCAUGGACUCGUUGUGCCAGCAGAGCGAUAAACUGGAGCUCUACGGCCGACAGAUUGAGUAUCUGCGCUCUUUGCUGGAUGAGCAUCACAUCUCGUAUGUGCUAGAGGAGGACAUCAAGAGUGGACGGUACAUGGAGCUGGAGCAGCGCUACGCCGACCUGGCAGAUAACGCUCGCUUUGAGAGAGAGCAGCUGCUGGGCGUGCAGCAGCACCUGUCCAACACCUUAAAGAUGGCAGAGCAGGACAACGCUGAGGCCCAGGAUGUGAUCGGAGCUCUGAAGGAAAGGAACCACCAAAUGGAGCGUAUCAUGGAGUCAGAGAGACAGGAUCGGGCCGCCAUGGCAGCUGCACUCGAUGAGUAUAAAGCCGCCGUGAGCAGUGACCAGGCGGAGCUGAGCCGCUGCAGAGCCCAGUUGGACCAGGAGAGGCAGAGGGUUGCCGAGCUGUACUCUCUUCAUACUGCAGGCGACAAAAAUGACAUACGGCAGCUUUUGGAGGGUGUGCGGCUGGAGAAAGAGGAGGCUGAGGCCAAGGCUGCAAAGUCACAGGAGGAGUUGGAGCAAGCUCACAAUGACCUUGCCCGGCUGCAGGAGGCGCUCAGUAAGCUUGACAGGGAAUAUAGAGACUUUCAGCAGCAGGUGCAGCAGCAGAUGGCUGAGCAAGAGCGCAUGCUGGAGAAGCAGCGCAUGGAGCUACAGGAGAAAGAGACGGAGAUUGUGGACAUGAAAGAAACCAUCUUUGAGCUGGAGGAUGAGGUGGAGCAGCACCGAGCUCUGAAGCUACAUGACAACCUCAUCAUUACAGACCUUGAGAACUCUGUAAAGAAGCUGCAGGACCAGAAACACGAUAUGGAGCGAGAGAUAAAGAUCCUUCAUCGCAGACUCAGGGAAGAGUCGAUGGAGUGGCGUCAGUUCCAAGCAGACCUGCAAACAGCUGUCGUCAUUGCUAACGAUAUCAAGUCAGAAGCGCAGGAGGAGAUUGGAGACCUGCGGCGCCGGCUGCAGGAGGCCCAGGAGAAGAAUGAGAAGCUGAGCAAGGAGCUGGAUGAGGUCAAGAGCCGCAAGCAGGAGGAGGAGAGAGGCAGAGUGUAUAACUACAUGAACGCAGUGGAGAGGGACCUGGCUGCACUCAGACAGGGCAUGGGCCUCAGUCGCCGAUCUUCCACCUCCUCUGAGCCUUCGCCUACUGUCAAAACACUCAUCAAGAGCUUUGACAGUGCCUCACAAGGUAUUGGGGAUUCCACAGCGCUGCCGCCGUCCACUGCUGCAACCGUGGCUCCCACAGCGUCAGCCGCCCCAUUACCACGCACCCCUCUCAGUCCUAGUCCCAUGAAGACGCCCCCAGCAGCUGCUGUAUCACCCAUUCAGAGGCACUCUGUGUCCACAUCUCUGUCAGCAGUCAAGCCACUCUCCUCCCUGAGUGACAAGAGGGCCAGUUACUCUGACAUGUCCAUGCCAUCCGAGCACCUUCUCAGGGGAGCUCCUGCCAGUAGACCCCCAUCUGUUCUCCAGAGGGUGUCCAAUAUGGACUCCACCAAGACAAUGUCAGUGUCCCGCCGGAGUAGUGAAGAAAUAAAGAGGGACAUGUCCACCCAAGAUGGGGCGUCCUCGUCGUCACUGAUGGCCAUAAGCGCUGCCUCCUCUCCACUCUCCCUGUCCUCCUCACCCACCGCCUCCAUCACCCCCACAGCACGGAGCCGCAUAAGAGAGGAGCGAAAGGACCCACUGUCUGCACUGGCCAGAGAGUAUGGAGGCUCUAAAAGGAAUGCCCUGCUGAAGUGGUGCCAGAAGAAAACUGAGGGUUAUCAGAACAUUGACAUCACCAAUUUCAGCAGUAGUUGGAAUGAUGGUCUGGCAUUCUGUGCUUUGCUCCACACCUACUUGCCAGCCCACAUCCCGUAUCAAGAACUGAGCAGCCAAGACAAGAGGAGAAACUUCACCUUGGCGUUCCAGGCUGCAGAAAGUGUUGGCAUCAAAUGCACUUUGGACAUAAACGAGAUGGUGCACACUGAGAGGCCAGACUGGCAGAACGUCAUGACGUACGUCACAGCUAUCUACAAAUACUUUGAGACCUGACUUCCUGCACACUGUCACGAAAUCAGUUAUACCUCACUGGAAUACCUUUACACACACACACACACCCCUCUACAUCGCAUGCUCACACUCUUAGCGUUCCUGUGUGCUGUGAGAAGACGGACAGUAUGCAGUACCAGAUGAAGCCUUGACAAGUAAGAACUGACUGGUGAUGGUGAAGACACCAUGCUUCAGUGCCUUCAGCAUGGAUUUAAGCAGUUUCCCUCCACACGGGAAGCUUCAAAACUAGAAGAAAACUUCAUUUUGAUGGGGAGUACUUUAAGGAAACAUCUGCUGCUGCUUAAUAACAUAUCAGUAGAGUAACCAUUACAAUGGAGCUCAGCCAAGCAGGCAUCAAGCCUUCUUCAGAUGCCUGAAAGGAUCAAGUGCCUGUGUGAUGAUGGAUGCCUCCCCAUUCGCCUCCCUCAUGCACCCAUUCCGCUAUGUUACAGUCUUUUUGGCUCAUUUAGGGGUUUCUUGGUGUGACUGAUGGGAUCACUUUUAAAGCAUAAGAACAUGCUCUACAACACUAAGACAUGUGAGCACCGCUGCUUAGACGCGUGAUGAGUUCAUGUGUACAUGAAUGCAAAGGUAGCACUGUAUGCUAUUGACCACAUAGAGCACAGAGUAUGGGUUUACACAAAAGCGUGUGUGAGUUUUCAAGACAUCAAUUCUGGGGUUGCGAAAUUACACUACAUAAAAAAAAGCUUAUAGGAAUUAAUUGUAAUAAACUGCAAAAUUAUUUAUUGGAGAAAAAAAAACCUACUAGAAAAACAUACUACAGUUUUCCAAAUUCAAGUUGGAGUAGUUUGCAUGCACGUCAAAGUUAUUCUUGGAUAUGAGAUUGUUUAUAUUAGUUACUGCAAAGUUCCAGUUCAUUCUCAUGAAUUCCUGUAGUACAGGGGUGUCCAAAGUGCAGAUCACAGGCCAUUUUAGGCCCGCAGCUCAUUUUUGAUUGACAUAUAGUACAAAUGAAAUGAAUUCAUUAUUAAUGAGAUAUAUAGUGGAUCCUCGCGCAUUUGCAAUUCAGCAUUAAUGACCAUGGAAAUUCACAAAUGUUAUUAAAAAAAAAAUACACCCUUUUUUCCGCAGAAAACACGUCAUUCACCAUAGGUUGGUAACCAUUUCCAAAUAUGUGAUAGCAUAGGUAAAAUGUACAACAUACAUGUACCGCAGUUAGAAGCCCACGAUUUUUACAUGUUUAUGUCUUUAUGCUUCACUGAAAAUGUCAUCAAUCAAGCGCUGAGAUUUUGCACUGGGUUCGGCGGUCCUUGAACGCACCAUAGUUGUGUCCUGCGACUGGCUACACCGUGACUCCGAUUCCAGCUGUUAGGGAUUCACACUAAAGGCUUUAUUUCAAGCAGAUAUGGAGAACUUCCUGCUUCUCAAGACUGAAACCGAUAACCAAUAACUAUUAUUUUUUUGCAUUUAGAUUUAACUGUAGUUUGUGCACACUUGGAGGUAAGAGCAACUCAAACAAAGUUUGAUUUGACCAACUGAACCUGUAGAUUUGUCCUAACCAAACAUGACAUCACUACUAUUAACAAAGCAUUUAAAAAAUGGCGGCAGCUCAGAAGUACAAAGCGUGGCUCCAAGGGGUUUACUAGUCGACGAUGAUAAAGGGCUGGUUGUCCAGCGCCAUCAUUUUCAUGAUGAAAUCACAGAUCGCUUUAGCCCUCGGGUCGUAUCUGGCAAACUCUUUUUGCACUUUUCAAACGCCAUGGCGAUAGGAACAAGCCCCGGGCGCCAUAGUGAUGCUGAAGCUUGAUGUUUUUUUUGCCUCAUUGCGAAUGUUCUGAAUGAUCUACUUUAUAUAUCGUCUUAUAUACAUGGGUUGGUUUUAGCAUAUUAAAAAAAAGUCCAAAAUAUCAAAAUGGGCCCCCGAAGUCUUUUGAUUUUUUUUUUUUUUUUUUUUUUUUUUUUGUCCUUGGUGGAAAAAGUUUGGACACUCCUGUGCUAGUAUAACCAUUGAAGAGAUCUCUUCAGGUUUUGCCAAUGUCACAAAUUGUAAGGUGUUUUACUGCCUUCACUGAAAGCUGAAUUUAUAAGCUAUAACUUAUCACGUUAAAAACUUUUUCCACCGAGGGUCGCACACGUAAAAAUGAAACUUUGUGUUUGUAAAACCAAUCUGUGUGCCUAAUCAUCCUUGGUAAUGUUGUGAUGCAGGUUGUUUUUAUUAUUUCAAAAAGGAAAAAAUGCAGAGCUGCAGGCUGCAUUUUGAACACCCCUGUUUUAAACAACACCUCAUUUCUGAAUUAGCAGUGUUCAUGUUCCAAUAUCUAUUUUGUCUUUUCAACUUCCUACUGUGACUUUGGACAUGCCGAGACAUUGAUGAAGUCUUUGUGCUGACGUUGCGUGUUUCACUGUAUUUAUUUGGAGGUUUCCAAUCACUGUUACAUGAAUAUGUUUCACCUGGCAUCAGCUUUUUUACGCCUUAACACUUUUUCUGAGAGCGAAUCUUGCAGUCCCCCCCCCACCCAGUGUGGAAAAUGAUGACGGUGCCUCUUGAGAAACACUACUAAUAAGGUUUUUGUGUCUGGUGUGAGUUAGUUUGUGUGCUGAUCUGGGUCACAUGAGGCGCUGCCAGCUGGUAUCUAUGGCAACGUCACUGUUUUCAUCUUGAAUUCAUUGCCAAACCACGUCACCACAGUCUGUACAGCUGUGCUAGACAGCCAGUGAUUUAUGUGUGUUUGUGUGUGUGUGUGCAUGCUUAGGUGUAGUAUUUAAUUACAUUUGAAAGCUUUGAGGGUGGCCAUAAUGCCAGAUGUUUUUAUUGUGUACCCACCCACUCCAGCGUUGUGUUUUAUGGCUGAAACCUGGAUUGUGUGGUAUCGACAGCAGCAAUGGGAUCCUCCUGAUCCUGCGUGGAGACGUUACAUUAGAAGCGAAUGUGAACAGUCCUUUGUGUCUUUACUGGAUCUGCUUCAUUUUUAUGAUUUGCUUUCCUUGGUUUACUUGAAAAUGCUCUGAGAAUUCCACUGAAUCUGCUUAAGUUUUUUUUUUUUUUUUUUUUUUUAAAUUCCAUCUUGCCUAUAAAGUCAGUAUUUUUUCAGGUCACAUUUAGAGUGCAUUUUUUUUUGGGAGAAACUUCAUGUAGUGCCUAUGCUUUAGUUCAAGUGUGGUGUGUGAUGCAAAAUACAGUGCACAAUAUGAUAAAAAUCUCUUUCACAAAUGUUCUUUGUUGCUUCAUUUUUCUGCAACCAAUAAAACACCAUUGUUGUCAUAUAGUUUCAUACACAUGCAUAUACAAAAUAUCGCACUUUCCAGCUCACGCGCGCCCCCACCCCUUCAGGAUGCAGCAGU